AUGGCAAAGGCAAAGCCCGCACAGCAGAGCUCGUUCGGCAAGUGGCCGAUUAUCGGCGCCGUCCUCAUCGCGCUGUACGCGCUAUGCUCGUUCCUGGACUCGAACGUGCACAAGUUCUACGCCAUGACGCCGGAGGCGCUCAACAACGCCGUGCAGACUUCGCUCUCCGCCUCUCGCGCUGCCGGACAGGACAAGAACGCGACGUACGUCGUCGACACUCUCCUCAGCAACCUCGUCAAGACGUACCCCGAGCUCGACCUGCAGACCGACUUCCGCAACCCCCGCGAGUGGGUGUUCAACAAUGCCGGUGGUGCCAUGGGGUCAAUGUACAUCAUCCACGCGUCGAUUACUGAGUACCUCAUCAUUUUCGGUUCAGCCGUCGGCACCGAGGGCCACACCGGCCGCCACACUGCCGACGACUACUUCCACAUCCUGACUGGCCAGCAGCGCUGCUACGCCGCCGGCGACCUCGCGCCGCUCAUCUACAACCCCGGCGACGUCAACCUGAUGCCCCGCGGCGUCGUUCGCCAGUACUGGAUGGACGGCGAGACGUGGGCGCUCGAGUAUGCUGCCGGUUGGAUCCCGCCCAUGCUCCCCUUCGGACUGGCCGACAUGCUGUCCUCGACGCUCGACUACAUCAGCUUCUACCACACGUGUCGGAUCACCGCGCGCGAGAUGGUCAAGAACCUGCUGCGUGGUAAGAUCUAG